AUGCUUCACUUCUUCUUGGCAGCAGCCUUGGUGACCUUGGCACCAGUAGGAUCCUUCUUCUCCACGGCCUUGAUGACGCCCACAGCAACAGUCUGCCUCAUGUCCCUCACGGCGAACCUACCAAGAGGUGGGUACUCGGAGAAGGUCUCCACCACCAUGGGCUUGGUCGGAAUCAUCUUCACGAACCCAGCAUCACCAUUCUUCAAGAACUUGGGCUCCUUCUCGAGCUCCUUUCCGGAUCGCCUGUCGAUCUUGGUCAUGAUU